GAGUUGCGCUAUUCAUUCCGUUUGUUCGCCUACGUGCAAUGAGUGAAAAGGCUAGCGUACCACUGUUGAGCAACAAGCCUGAGAGUUCUACACUGGAUAUUGACACUAUGGGAAGCCCAUCUGAAUUCAUGAAUCGAAAGCAACGAUCGUUCAAGCCGAUGAGCAAGCGGCGUAAAAAACCCUAUCAGAAGAGUUUGCUUCUGAUAGUGGUAUUCAUAUUCCUGGGAUGCUCGCUAUGGGUGAUGACUAGGACAAAUAGCACUUUGGUACGGUUUGAAGAGUCCCAGGAAAGCCUAGACCUCAAUGGCAAGGAAAGCUCCACAGGCAAGAAGCUGCAGAGUAAAAUCUCACAGAAGCAAAAUGAGAUGAUGAAAUCAAGCCUAAAAAAAGUCGAGAAUGACGAAGAUGAUGAUGAAGACGAUUCUGAUGCGGAAGAAGAGGAUGAUGACAAGGUGACUGUCAGCAGUAAAUCGAAGCAAGUAUCAGCUGAUGAGGACGAUGAAGGCAGUGAUGAUGAUGAUGAUGAGGAAGAUGAGAGUAAAAAAAAAGUCGUCGAAGGCAGUGACGAUGAUGAUGAUGAUGAUAAGGGUGAUGAUAAGAAAUCAUUGAAGGAGGAGGACGAUAACGAGGAUGAUGAAGAUGAGGGUGAUGAUAAGAAAUCAUUGAAGGAUGAGGAGGACGAGGGUGAGUCCACCUCUACGAAAGCCACACAAAUUAAGUUUAAGAAUGAUGAUGACGAUGAUGAUGUAGAAGACGGUGUAAACGAUAAAAAAGAUAAGGAAGAUGCUAAGGAUGAUGAAGAUAAAGAGGAUGAUAAGGCGAACGAUGAUGAUGAUGAUGAUGCUGAAAAGGAUGAUGAAGAUAAGGGUGAUGAAGAUGAUAAGGAUGAUGACGAGAACAGUGAGAAGAAGAAUGACGAGGAUAUUUAUGAUAAAAAUGUUGACAAUGACGAUGAUGCUAAGAAGGAGAGUGCGGGUGAAAAUGUUAUUGGUGAUGGCGAAGACGAAGCUGAUGAUGACACUUCAGAGAAAUCAAAGGUCAAGCAGGAUGAUAGCGAGAAUGAUGAAGAUGAUAUGGCUGUGAGGGUCAAAUCUGAAAAUAGUGGCAAAGACGAUGCUGAUGUCGAAUCGAAUGAUGAUGACGAGGACGAAGACGAAGUUGAUAAUAACAACAAAACGGAAACAGCCAAGGGCAAAGGAUCAAAAGCUGUCGAGGAAGAAGGUGACAAUGAUGAUGCCGAUGAGGAUGAUAAAAAGGAGAACACGAUAAAGGCAACGAAGGAUAAAGAGGACCAGGCGGAAUAUGACAAGAAGGGUUCUAAAGCCGACGCAGACGAGGAUGAAGAAAACGAUGACGGAAGUGCUGAGGAAGGUGAAGAAACAGAGACAGUUGCGGAUACCGAGUCUGACUUGAAGGGCAAGAAGACCAAAUCCGGAAGCAAGGCUGUGGAUGAUGAAGAAAAGGAUGUCGAGAGCGAUGAUGAUGCACAGGGUGCCGCUGAUGAUGAUGAGAAUGAAACAGACGCAGACACGGACAAGAAUGCCGAUGAAAGCCAGUCCGAUACAGCUAAGAACACAUCACAGGACGCAUCGGCCAAGGAAGCUGAUGUGGCCAGAGCUAAGGCCAUUCAAGAGUUGCAGAAGUUGGCAGCAGCAACCAAAGAUACAGAAGAAAGUCAGUUCGAUACAGUUGAAAACACAUCAAAAGACGAAUCAGCCGAUGAAGCUGAUAUGGUCAAAGCUAAGGCGAUUCAAGAGUUGCAGAAGUUGGCAGCAGCAACCACAGACACAGCUCCUUCCAAACCCUCUCAUAAGGUGGCUGAUGAUGUAGAGGACAAGUUGGACGAGAUGGAGAAGGACCUGAAUCUACUCAGCCAAACACUAAUUACUUCCGAAAAUAAGGAUGAAAGUGAAGAUGACGUAAAGGACAAGCCCAGUAUGGAUUCAAUACUGAUGGACAGUUCAAACAAGAAAAAGGCGAGUAUGGUUGACGAAGAUGAUGUGGAAGUCGUGGAUAAAAACGAGUCCAAUGACGAACCAGAAGAGGACGACUACCCUGAAGAAGAUAAUGAUGAGGAGGGCGAUGACGAGGCGCCAGACAUGUAA